CCAAUCACGACGCCGUUGUCAGAUUUGAAAAUCGUAACCACCGAAGCGAAGAGGAUUGUUUAUAUGCGUGGUUUAUGGCUCUCAAUGAAUCAAGUGUUUGUUAUUUAGCACUAAACAAUGCAAAGGGAAAAUGCCCCGGUUGUGCCUUUUCGGGCAACUCGUCUCUGGGAUGAGGCUAUCAAGCUUUUUACCAACGGAAUGCCAACAAAACGACAUCGUAGCAACAUGAAGGUUUAUGAAAACUGCUUCACUGGCUCAGAAGCUGUAAAAUGGUUUCUUCAUGCUCUAGAGAUGAACCCUCAUUUCAAUACUGUUAUCACACAAGAGAAAACAAUACAGUUGCUUAGCAAAUUCUUUGAAGAAGGUAUCUUUGUUAGAGCCAAAGAAUCAUCCCGUCAAGGUCCGGAUCGGUUCAAACUUCAAGGAAUCUAUCAAAUGGGGAGCAACAGACCCCAGUAUACGGCCAGAACACCUCUCUCUGCUAAACACAGCAGUUUCAACAAUCAAAAAGGAGAAAACUGGAUCCGAAAGAGCUUAAAUCGUGAAACAUUAACAGAAUAUGAAAACUUGCCUAAUGUCAAGAAAUCAAGUGACAACAUUAUUAAUAACCAUGCUACUUAUCAAAAUAUGCCACCAAUUAAACAGCGGCUGUUUAUAAACUCAGAAACUGAUAAACCUAAUAAUGUGCCCCAUGUUCCAAGUUCAGUGAAGCUUCAAAGUGAAGGUUCUCAGAAGAGGGUUGCACAACACCCAAUUCAGUUUCUAAAGCAAUAUUCCCAGCUACAAGAUCAGAGGGAAAUUCGACCACAAACUCAGCCAUACACGCCUCCAGAAACUGAUGACAUUUGGAGAAAAGUUUUCAUUGGAAGGUUGCAGGCUCUUCUCAAAGAUGUAGAUGUAUCAGGGCUGUUUUGGCCAUGUGCUGUAAUACGCUGUCAGUGGCUGGAGCAGAAUUGUUGUAUUCUAGAUGACUCGUCUCUUGCCAAAUUGCCUCCCUGGGUAACAGCUGCUUCUAGUAGGCUCAUGUUAGCCCUUGCAGACAAGAGCCUGAACCGAAGUGUUGUAAAUUCUGAUAUAGAAGCUGAUGUAAGUGCCAUCGAAGCAUUUUUCUCUAAUUUGCCAACUCCUUUAAUUCCAGCUGACUUAAGUGCUAUAUUUCAAAGAGUAUUUUUGCAUCUGGAGUUAUCUGCUUCAUCAUUUCAGGAAGAGGAUGCCUUGUCCCACCAUUCACUCUCUACUUUAUCGAAGAGCCGGGCAAGCAGCUCAAGCAAGUUAUCUGAUGAUUUCAAGUGUACUCUACCCCCUAAUACAUGUUAUGAAACUGCUUUCACUUCCGAAAGUCCAAUCACUAGAAUUGUUCCGCAAUCAUCAUUUGACACCCUCCAUUUGCCUACUCGCCCUGCAUCUGCCUGCUCUCCAAUGAAACGAAAUGCAAGUGCUCCCAAGCUUCUUGAAACUUGCCUUGGAGCUGACUUGCCCUACAAUCAAUCUACUUAUAAAAGAUCAAUUUCCUCAUCAAAUAAUAGCAAGUUUUCAACCAUUGAUAGUAGGUGUCGGCUCCCCAAAUCUCAAUCCAAAAGUGAUUUGACUGGUAGAUCUAUGAUUGGUAAAGCAUAUAAAUCUUCAGCUUUAUCUGAUACUGAGGAAUCAAGAAUCAAGCACAGCUGUGGAAAGCUUACUGUAAUGGAUAAAACUCCUCCUCUGCCACCAAGACAUGUGAUCAAACCCCCACCUAUUCACCGGAAUACUUCAAAGAAUGUCAAAACAAAGCACAGUCGCAGUAACUCAGGUGGCUACAUCAACCUCGCCAUGCAAGAUUCUUUCGAGGGCGCAGAUUAUGAUCACAAAGAGCUUGACAUUGAAGCAGCAAUGGAGACGUUACAGAAGUUAAUGAUCUGCAGUCAAAAGCCCUCUCAACACUCUCCUCGUAAAGAGGGUGCAAAAAGUAUGCACUAUAGAUCUGCAAGCCUCUCUAAUGCUCAAACCAAUGGAACAACUAAUGCAGUGGGAAUGCGCAGAAGCCAAUCCUGUUGGUCACAGGAUAUGAGCAAUGUCAGCUUAUCAUCAUACCACACAGCCAUAUCAUCAACUUCAUCUUUAGAUAGCACAAGCUCUGGCUCCAAUACCUCUUUAAACUUGACUGCUGGCUGUGAAUGGGGCUGGGAUUGGGGAUCUGGUGCUGAACAAACAGGAGUGGCUGUUUUCAGAUUGCUAAUGCUUCUUGUCAAGCCUCAAAGUCGAGCUCAACUGCAACUUUUGCUAAAGCUAAUGGGCCUGUUGCCAUAUCAGUGCCCUUACACUACCUUAAAAGUCUUAGACAUGUUUACAUCUUUCAUCAUUCAAGGAGGAGAUGAGGAUGUUACAUCUCGCCUCUUGGGAUUUUUAGUGAGACACCAGAAAGAAAUUUUCAAUUCCCCACAAGAACUUGUAUCAGAGGUGCAACGAGAGAGGAAAGCAAAAAUAAAACAGAAGGAGAGGGGUGCCGUCACAUUCUGUGAGCGCGUGUCUCUUCUACAGUUUGAAGAACAGAAGCUGACAACUUCGCAGAAGGCCCUGGCUGAACUUUUGGACCAAAUCGUUGCCGAUCAGAAGCUGAACACAAAGGAAAAAAACAAAAAAUUAAAAAUGUUCAAGGAGUCUUACCCUCACAUAUACUCAAUGAGAUUCCCUCAACCUGAAAUGGUGACCUUUAAGAGACGCAACAAGUCUAUUCUUCAACUUGCUCGUUUACGUAGUUUGCGAGUGUAAUAGUUAUUUAUUUUAGACUAAAUUAAAAGGAAACUCUGUUGUAAUACACACACAAAAAUAAUCGCAAAUUACUUGUUUUAAAUGUAUUGUUUACUCUAUUAUAUAAGUGAUGUUUCAAAGACAAAUUUGAAAAUUUCCUUAUGGUGCUCUAGAAAUGUACAAACUGAGUGUAAUCUGAAUGGGCUGUAUACAUUGGCAUUCCUUUUGAGGACUACUUAAUAAAUUAUCCUCAAGUGAUUUAUAACUUUUUCAAUUGGCAUUGUAAUGGUAUGAUAGCUGUUAUUGAUUGAAAGUUUUAUGCUUAUUUUUAUAUAUUCUGCAUCAACUGAUGCUGCUGAUGAGGUGAUAAAAGUCUGAGUGAUUGCUAGUAUAUAUUAUUGUCUCAUUCCAUCUAUAUGUGUAUGUGCCUGCUAAAAUUAAUGCCUUGUUGUGAGAAAAGUAUUAUUUUUUGUAUUAGAGAAUGUUUUAUGAUAGCUUUAAAACCUGUUACACAUAUUGUCUAUGAUGAAUAUUGUUGGUUUGUCAAAUCUUUUUAACUUCCCAUGUAAUUAAAAUGACUCACUAAUACUA